GUAUGUUGUUUUGCGCUGCAUCACUUAUGUGUCAUAAAUACUGUACUGUAGUCGGGUCUAAGAGUUAACCCCACUAAUGGAUGUUGAUAGAAAAUAAUAAACCCGUACUUAUUCCCCUUUACUUCAAAUGACAAGUGUAUCAGUAAAUGGAACUACCAGAUGUAUUUUAUUCAAAAUCGCAGUAUAUCGAAACUGCUAGUGGCAACAAAGUUAGUCGAAAAUCUGUUCUAUGUGGAAGUCAGAACAUUGUAUUAAAUGGAAAAACCAUCAUUAUGUCUGAUUGUAUCAUAAGAGGUGAUCUGGCCAAUAUACGUAUUGGACGCCACUGUGUAAUUGGCCGAAAGGCUGUUAUUCGUCCACCGUUUAAGAAAUUUAGUAAAGGUGUUGCUUUUUUCCCUCUUCAUAUAGGAGACAAUGUUUUCAUUGAAGAGGAUUCUAUUGUCAACGCAGCACAAAUUGGAUCUUAUGUACACAUUGGUAAAAAUUGUGUGAUUGGACGGCGUUGUGUACUAAAGGAUGCUUGUUCAUUAAGAGACAAUACAGUACUCCCUCCAGAAACAGUUGUACCUCCAUUUAGUAUAUAUGGUGGCUCACCUGGCCGACUGAUUGGGGAGCUACCUGAAUGCACUCCAGAUUUGAUGGUUGAUCUUACUCAUGGAUUUUAUUAUCACUUCAUACCUUCAAAUGAACCUGAAACGGACUCUUGAUUUUUGUUUUUAGUAGAGGGUGUCAUAUUUACCUGCGGUGGAUCUGGGUAUUUUUUCUUAUUUUAACUGGUAUAUGGAAGAAAUAAGGCUUUUUAAAUAGCAUUUUUGUCACCCACAAAAUUCUCAAUCAGUUUCUUUCAAAGUCAUAAAGUCUUACUGUGUUUAAGUUCACUGCUACGUAAAUAUAAGGCGUCGACCAUAUAAAAUCUCAGGAACAUAUCACACUGAAGCUAAUUAGUAUCUCACAUUAGUUAUAUUCAGGUUACAUACAAUAAAAUGUUGUAUACUGAUAUUUCAGUUUAUUAGUUUUAAAGUAACCAGUGAUGUUCAUCUAAAGUAGGAAGAUAGAACAGCCGUAAAUUUCAACAGAAAUCAUAAAUGUCGUACUACGAGGCCUAAAUCCGAUGAAUAAUUUUUUUUGGAUUAAAAAGUCUCAAUAUGUAGAUACACUGUGCUUUUUUGAAUGCUAUUGUAGAAAUAUAUCUGUCAACCAUUCAUAUAUUAGUGAUGUUGAGUCAGUCAUUUACAAACAACAGUGCCUGCCAUAAAUGCACGUUAACCAGUUACUUAAGCGGACUAGUACGACGAAAUUGGAUUGUUAAGACAAGUGGCCAAGGAAUCUAAAUAAUAGUGGUUGCAAGGAUUGUGGAAAGAAUUUGACACCGAGAAUAUGAUUCCAAAAUUAAUUAGGACGUAAACUAUGGAGUAUCUAUGCCGCUGCAACGGAUUCUGAAGAGCUAUUUGUUAGUUUGUGCAUCAUGUUACUCCGUUUUGACAAAUGUAUUUCCAAACAUAACGAAAUCAGUUGAGAGUUGGAAUAUGUGAUGUAAAGAAAUAAGUUACCAGGGAAAAGGAAGACACCUAAUCUCUCCAAGGUACGAGUUUUGUAAGGCUUAGUGAUACUACUAAGCUGUCCAUGCGAAAGUAGAUGACGCGGGGUUCAAAUGGACAACCCAGUCAUCGAAUACUGAGUGCUCUAAUUAUAAGGUCUCUGUUCUUCAUUUGUGAGUCGUGUAUUUUGAAAAGGUUAUCAGACCAGCUGUGUGAAACUACAUUAAGGUUAAUCAAUUCGACUGAUACCUAGUUUGUCUGUAACAAGAUAUUCAGUCACAUCAUCGCGCAAACAGGUAUGGUAUGAAGUAGAAUCUCACUAUAGGAUUCGGUUUAGGUUUGAGUUUUUUGGUGGUGGAUAAACGCUUAGUGCAGUAAAAAGAGUACAAAAUAAGGGAAGUGGGUGUUGGAAAAGCAUGAACUAUAAUGAAUUUGUGUCGUAAUUUUCUAUCAAAAAUGGAACUGCCAGUAUGUGGUAUCCGUUUAUGCGCUAUUGCGUUGGCAAUGCGAACUUGGACGUAUCCAUCUUACGUUAUGAGCACUAAUUUGCGCCUGUAUAUUGGUGUAUUAACAGCAUGAUUAUGACUGGUAUCCAUCGGCUAGGCAGGAAAUGAAGGUUGUCAAAAGGAACUCGAUGAGUCUGUGAAACGAAAAGUCGACUGGGGUCCGUUAAGAUUCUGUGAUUUCAUAAGACGGCGAAAGGGAAUUCAGUUACUGGUAAUUUUCGAAGUCACACAUCAACUACGAUUUCAACCAUAUUUUUAAGUGAUUAGCGACUAAUCCUAGUGUGCAAGUUCUAAGAAUAUGAAGCUGCCUCAUAGGUGUUUGUGAGCUUUCUUCCGGUCGUUAAAUUAGUCUAGUUUGAAACUUUUAGUGCAACAGUUCAAUUUAUUUUGAACCUGAUCAAUUAAAUCGUAGUAGAGAUGGCAGUCAUGUAUUGAUUACGUACCAAGGAGUUUUGACUAAUUGGAACCCUCCUAGGGUUACUGCCAGUUCAAAGCCAGAAGAAAGGAGUACCGUUCGGCGUGGAAUCACCAACACCAUUCCGUAGUAAAAACUGCUAAAAACACUAGUCAGAAAAAUCAUGUAAGGGUCUUCAUUUAGAAGAAUUAUGACACAUGAUAGUAGGAGCCAAGACUCUUCGGUAGUCACGAGGUCGAUGAUCCUUCUAACAACCAGAUCAAUUGACACACGUACAUGGAUUGUCCAGACAACCUGGGCGACCACGAGGGCCAGUUAAGUAGCUGCAGAAAUGAGAAGAAACAACUGGAUGGUGCACGGAGUAUGCGGAACCUAUUGGACCCAAGCUGGACAUAAAAAAUUGGCUUCAGUAGAUGUGUUGUUACACUUUGAUCACCACAAAUAAAAUACUUUGCAUACAUAAAGUUAUACUGAUGUUGUCCAAAUAAAGACGAUAUGCACCUGGAAAUGCUGAUAGGAGACUUAAACACCGAAGUUGCAAUCGGCAACACCGACUAUGAAGAUGUCAUGGGAAGACAUGGACUUGGAAAACGAAAAUGGUGGAAGAUUUGCAAAUUUAUAUGCCUUCAACAAAACGACUGUAGGAGGUACUACAUUAUACCACAAACGCGUACACAAAGCUAAAUGGGUCUCAUCGGAUCAUACUACAAUGGAUCAGAUCAAUUAUAUUUGCGUCAAUAAAAAGUCCAGAACGAUGGAGGAUGCGACGACAGAGAGGAGAGCUGAUGUCUUCAGAUCACCACCUGGUGGUUGUCAAGAUGAAACUGAAGGUAAAGAAGCACUAGACAACUGUGGAGACAGCAUCACAAAGGUCUAAUACAACCUUUGUUCGAGAUACAAACUCAGGAACAAGUUCUGAGCGCAACAAAACCUCAAAGAAGAGGAAACUACUACGAAGAACAACUGGAAAGGGAUAAAAAAGAGCCAAACAAAGUACCGGAAGGUUCUGGGCAACAGGCACCACCGUCAUAAGGAAUGGAUCGUUAUCGAAACCCUAGGGAGGAUACAGCAAAGGAAAAGUAAGAAGAUAGGAAUUAACAACAGUCAACUAAGAGCAGAGAAAGCCAGAGCACACUCAGAAGCAAACAAGAUAAUGGAGAGAAGCAUUAGAUACGAUAGGCAGAAAUACACAAAAGACCUAGCAAUAGGAGCGGGAAGAGCUCCAAGAGAAGGAAAUUUGCGACAACUAUGUGAUACAAUUAGAAGGCUGGCAGAGAAAUGUAGUAAACUGGAGCGACCAGUCAAGAACGAAGGCAAGACAAUCACUGGUAUUCAAGAACAGUAGAGGAGGUCGGCAAAACACUUUGAAGAACUCUCGAACAGACCAGCCUCACUGAACCCACCAGACAUCGAAGUAGCUGAUACAGACUUCCCUUUGAUAUCACUGCACGAACGAUCAAACAGAUCAGCAUGGCCAUCAGACAAAUCAAAAGUGGUAAAGCAUCAGGACCACACAACACACUAGCUAAAUAUACAGAAGUAACUGCAAACGUGCUUCACAUCCUUUUCAGGAAUAUUUGGAAUGGAGAACAAGUGACGAUAUACAGGAAAGAAGAAGGCACCAAGAAGAGGAUAUUUGAGCAAGUGUAAGAACUACACAGGCAUCACACUAAUGUUAGUGCUAGUACCAGUAAAAGUUUUCAACAGUGUUCUUGCAAGUUCUAUUUAGAUUUAUUUAUUGUUCUACCCAAUCGUAUCUCAGCUUAACAUAGUGGCCGAGCUCGCAUAUCGUGAUGACCUACGCAAACGUUCGUAUUUACAGGUCCCACCUUCCGAAGCACGUCGCUUGGAGAGCGGUAAGGCUGAAAGCAGCAAACUCAAGGUCUGAGGGCUAAGUCGGACGUACAGGUUCGUAGCGCCAGUAUGGCGUUUCUUUUAGACAAUCAACAUCUGCAGCGAUGACGUCCCCAAAAACAGCCUGCAGAUAUUUGUCGUUAGCAUGAGGCUAACAAGCGGAGUUUGAAAAAGCCAUGUAAGACCGGCCUCAAAUAAUCAUCCCUUGGGUUUUGUGGCCACACGUCUAAGUCGUUAAGCCCACCCGUUGCUCAGCGUGUUUUCGGGUCCCUUGAAAAGAAGUGAUUGUGCACGAUGCGAAAAACCUUGGGAUUAAAACCAUCGACAUACGUCUGACACCACUUGACUAAAAUCCAUUGUUCUGUAAGUACGUUUGACUACGAAAAGAAAUCUGAAUUUAAAGGAAGCACAAAAUGCGAUCAUGUGUAGUGGCGCCACAGAAGACAAAUCCGAGUUAGUCGGAAACGUAUUGCAAAAAUCACGAACCGAGAUGCUUAGAGCAUUUUGCAUUGGAUUAUUUUUUCUGUGUUUAAAAUAUAUCGUUCUACAGUCUUAAAUUCAUUUCAUCAUCUUUCUCCAUUUCAUUUUCCCUAGUUCACCUGCGUUACUGUAUCCACUUACGUUUGCUCUUAAUUUUCCAAUGUCAAGUUCACUAACUUAAAUUUUAUCCAAUUAAAUUUGUACAUCAUCACCCCAAACAAGUUGCAGACCAUAAACAAGCUUU